GGCAUCAUCAAAUUAACAACUCCGACUCAUCAAUGUACAUGGAAUACCAACAUCAUCUUUGCUAUGCGGUGAUCCUGCAUCGUCCGGCCACCAUUACGGGUCCCACAUAUCGUCCCCGCUUUCGACUGAUCUUUUGGAUUGGAAGCUUACCCGCUGUAAUAGGAUUGUACUAAUCUACUGUAUUGCUUUACCUUACCGUCCCACAGUCUGCCACCUUCCUGCCCAACCGACAAGACACGGCGCAAGUCAGUCUGGUCUCCGGUCGCACAUUCGACAGAGGCAAUCAACUGGUGAGACAGGCCCGAGAAAUACCGACCUUCCUCCGUCCGGCAACGCACUGCUAGUGGCACCGUCCCGUCGCCGGGAAAUCACGACGUGCAUCCCGUCCCUCUCCAAGUUCCAUGAGGCUUGCACGUGCACAGUAACGCAGGGGAGUCGAGGCCCUGAAGGGGGAGGACUCCGCAACAGGGGAAAGGAGAAAAUCUGAGAGCCAUGGACGCCGCUAUUCAGCGGGCUCUUAAUGAUAAGCUCUACGAUAAACGAAAGGUUGGCGCAUUAGAACUCGAGCGGGUCAUCCGCGAGCUCGUCGCCGCAAGCGACUACGCCAGAGUUGAGUCCAUCCUCGACCAGCUCUGCAACGAGUUUGCCUAUGCCGUCCACCAGCCCCAUGCACGAAACGGAGGUCUGAUAGGCCUUGCUGCCGCCGCCAUUGCUCUUGGCUCGGAGCUUGCCAGAUAUCUCGAAGUUAUCGUACCACCCGUUCUAGCUUGCUUUACUGAUCAGGAUGCCCGCGUCCGGUACUAUGCGUGCGAGGCUAUGUAUAACAUUGCCAAGGUAGCCAAGGGGGAAAUACUGAUAUACUUUAACCACAUAUUUGAUGCCCUCUGCAAGCUGGGCGCGGACUCAGAACUGUCGGUAAAAAACGGCGCCGAGCUGCUGGAUCGCUUGAUCAAGGAUAUCGUCUCGGAAUCCGCCGCCACAUAUGUUUCUGUCUUGGAGCAGCCACCGCCAUAUAAGGAGGACGAUAAGGGCGCCCCAGACGAGACUGUUGAGCUGCCCACAGCCUUCUCUCUGAAACGCUUCAUACCGCUACUCAGGGACCGGAUAUAUGCGCUUAACCCUUUCACCAGGACCUUCUUAGUUGGCUGGAUCACUCUUCUUGAUUCCAUUCCCGAUCUGGAACUGGUCACUUACUUGCCCGAGUUCCUCGGCGGCCUGUUGCGUUUUCUCAGUGACUCGAACAGGGACGUCCAUACCGCCACUCAGGGCUGCUUGGACAAGUUCCUCAACGAGAUCAAACGCAUUGCCCGCAUCAAGAAGGGCAUUGCCGAGAGCAAAAAAUCCAGGGGCGAUGGCAAGCGCAAGCGGGUCGACUCGGUCGACAGCGGGAGCGCCCAUCCCCAACUGGAGGAAGGGGACGAGAUCGAGUCUGAGACGGCCGACGAUGACGACACGGAGAGCGAGGAUGAUUGGAUCCCCGGUCAAGAUGUCCAAAUCAACUACAAAGCCAUCCUUGAGAUACUGACUGCCACUCUCGACUCGCCGAUGGAAGACGGCCUGCUCGAGUCGCUGCGCUGGGUAGUCGAGUUCCUUGAUAUCUGCCCAGAAGAAGUGCUGCCCUUUACCCCAAAGAUAUUGGCCCAUCUCCUGCCCGCCAUGGCGAGUGGCGUGGAGUCAAUCCGCCAGGCCGCUGCUCGAGUCAACACAUCCUUGAUGGACUACGUCGUCUCCCUCUCUGACGAGGCAGAGCUGGGAACACAGGCCCCGUCACGGACUCCUGGACCCGCCCCACCAGCCGGGGAGAGACCAGACGGCACCACAAGCGCCCGGGCUUCGCUCUCAAGCUCGAGGGAAAUCGAUUUGCGCAGUCCUACGCCGGCGCAGGCAAAGGCCACGGGUCAGACACUGACCCAGGACACCCAGCCUCAGGCAGACCUCGACUACGCUGCUGCCGUGAACUCACUGACACUGCUGUUUCUCAACGACCACGAGGCCACUCGCGUCGCCGCACUCACGUGGCUCAUUAUGCUGCACCGCAAGGCGCCGAGGAAGGUACUAGCAUUCAAUGACGGGACGUUUCCGGCUUUGCUAAAGACGCUGUCGGACCCUGCCGAGGCGGUCGUGACCAAGGACUUGCAACUCCUUUCCCAAAUUUCCAGGAACAGCGAGGAUGACUACUUUACAAACUUCAUGGUCAACCUGCUCCAGCUUUUCUCCACGGACAGGAAAUUGCUCGAGACGCGUGGGAACCUCAUUAUCCGCCAGCUCUGCACCAGCCUCAGCCCUGAGCGCAUCUACCGCACCCUGGCCGACUGCAUCGAGAAGGAGGAGGACGUUGAGUUUGCAAGCAUCAUGGUCCAGAACCUCAACAACAACUUGAUCACGGCGCCAGAGCUCGCCGAGCUAAGGAAACGGCUGCGGAAUCUUGAGACCAAGGACGGGCAAACCUUUUUCGUUGCCUUGUUCCGCUCGUGGUGCUACAACGCCGUCGCCACCUUUUCCCUGUGUCUACUCGCCCAGGCGUACGAGCAAGCGUACAACCUCUUGCAGAUAUUUGCCGAGCUAGAAAUGACGGUUAGCAUGCUCAUCCAGAUAGACAAGCUCGUGCAGCUCCUCGAGUCGCCCGUUUUUACCUACCUCCGCCUGCAGCUCCUCGAACCGGAGCGCUACCCACACCUGUACAAGUGCCUCUACGGGCUGUUGAUGCUGCUCCCGCAGUCGUCGGCCUUUGCCGCCCUCAAGAACCGCCUUAACUCGGUCAGUUCGAUCGGUUACCUGCACAUUGCGCCUAGACCCAACGCCACCACCCCCAGCGUUCCAUCAUUUGACCGCCCCAACCGCCUCAAGGGGAGCAGAGAGGAGGGAAUCAUCCGGUGGAAUGAACUGCUCGAGAAGUUCCGCAGCGUGCAGGAACGUGCAAGGAGAGCCAGACGUGCGGGCGGGCCAGAGGGCGAUGAUGUCGGAAUGGGCAUGGGGAUGGGCGAGUUGAGGAUUGGCGGUGGUGGUCCCGGUGGUGGUCGUCUCGGUGGCGUCGGCGGCGGGGGUGACGACCCCAGGCAACCUCAUCUUCUUCAUGACCCGAUGGGGAAGAUGGGUGCUCCUGCCGGGGGAGCUGGCGGUAUGGGCAGCGCUGCUGGCGGCGCCGGCGGAAGGAGUGGCGCUGCAUACCCCGGCGUUGGAACGCCGGUUGGUGUCAGGGCACCGACGCCUACUUCGGCGGGUGCUGGUGCGAAUAACAAGGCUGAGCCGCCCGCAAAGGUGAGAUCCGGGUUGGGGAGGCAGUUUGGAAGGCUUGGAGGCGCUGUUUCAGGGCGGAGCAAGCGCAGCUAGUUUUACUUUUCUCUCUCCUGUUUCUGUUUGUCCUGUUUUUGUGCUGCGGUCAUGGCAUAGCUUUGGGCUCCGGGGGUGCUGUUUGAUUUGGCUCUGCUUGUUAUCCUCCAAAUCAUAUGGAUACGGCUGGGGUAGGGUUUCGCGUAUUUUCUGACAGCGAAUGUUUCCCCCUAAUUGCAUAGAGGCUUGCUCAUGAUUCUGGUCAACUUAAGGUCAAGGUCAAGCCGGUGAUUUGUGGAUGCCGCCGGCGCAGAGAUGGCGCGCGCUACCCCUAGUCCCCGGGAAGUGAGACUAAACGGCUGGGCAAGUACAUACGGCAAUGGUGCAUAGGAGGGCCAAAAUCCAAACAAAGUGAAGCAAGGAAACGGGACGGUAACGGUGAACAUGUGGAUGCAGUUGUACUCGGUUCACUUACUGAAUUGCCGUCUUGUACAGCAAAUUAUGACUGAUAUCUAUUUCAG